GCCAAUUGUAAUGUUUGGUUAGAACGUGAGGAAGAAGAAAGAGAGAGACAUUGUCCGUGUUUUUGUGAGACUCGAUCGGAAAAGCCUCAGAAAACAGAAUAGAAUAGAAUGUCAACACAUCUGCAAGAUCCACCUUCAAACUCAAACUACAAUCCCAAUGCCACAUCAUCAACACCCCCUCCCAACCCCUUCAUCCGCGGCAGCAUCAACGGUGUCGCCACCGCUCAACACGGCGGCGAAUCCCACUCUCACCACCGGAGAGCGCACUCCGAGAUCAACUAUCGUCUCCCCGACGAAAUGAUGGAACUAUCACCGUCAAAUCCAUUGAACGGAGGAGGCUCCUCGACCGCCAGCCUGGAGGAGAUCGGAUCGGAAGACGAUCUGUUCUUCACCUACAUUGACGUGGAGAAGCUCGGAAAUGGAUCGGAUCAAAGCGGUUACGGUAACGGAGCGGGGACGAGCGGUCAAAAUGAUGGAGAGAAGAGUUUGAAUGAAGCUACUACGCCGAGGACGAGGCAUAGACAUAGCUGCUCUGUUGAUGGUACGACGUCGACGACGAGUAUGCUUGGAGAGAUCAUGGAUGCGAAGAAAGCUAUGCCUCCGGAUAAACUCGCGGAGCUUUGGACUCAGGAUCCAAAGCGUGCCAAGAGAAUACUUGCGAAUAGACAAUCUGCUGCGCGUUCAAAAGAGAGAAAGGCCCGUUAUAUACAAGAGCUUGAGCGCAAAGUUCAGACCCUUCAAACAGAGGCCACAACUCUCUCUGCUCAAUUGACAUUAUAUCAGAGGGACACAAGUGGUCUGAGUACUGAAAAUACCGACCUUAAGCUCCGUCUGCAAGCCAUGGAACAACAGGCAAACCUUCGAGAUGCUCUUAAUGAUGCGUUGAUGAAGGAAGUUGAGAGGCUUAAGAUUGCUACUGGAGAGGCAAUGAACCCCUCUGAAUCAUAUAAUCUUGGAAUGCACCCGAUGCAAUUCGCAGGGUCAAAUUUCUUUUCAAUGCCGCAACAACAUUCAGGUCCUUCUAGUCACCAGAACAUACAAUUUCCUCAAUUCGGUCACUCUCCAUCUAACAUGCCAACUCAUCAGCUGCAACAGACCAAUUCUCACCAAAUGUCAGAAAUGUUGCAAAACGAUCACCUCGGUCGUUUUAAGGGACUUGACAUCAGUAGUAAAGGAUCAGCCCUCGUGAAAUCUGAAGGUCCCUCAAUAUCUGCAAGUGAGAGUAGCACUACAUUUUGAAUUUAACCUAAAAAACUUCUUGACCUGCUGACUUAUUUAUGGUAUUCCAUUCUUGUCAUCUGUCCAUAGUGUUGACAUGUAGUCAUAUAAAUGAAAGUUUAGUCAUAUAAAUGAAAGUUCUCUGUUUCAUUAAACAUUCAACUUAGAUUAAAAAUCAAUUCUUGAUUGUUUAUUCUUAGGGAUGCUCCCCAAAAAGGGGACGCGCCCUUGUGGUUUUGUCGCAAAAAGUUCACGCAAUCAUGUCGAAGCGUGGCAUUUUGGUGUUGUGGGUUGUAAUAUUAGGAAUGAAAGGUCAUUCUCUUCUUUUGGUGUCUUUGUAUGUUGGGAUGGUUUUUGAUUCCUCCAUGGUCAUGUGUAUCAUCACCAUUUACAUGAUACUAAUUAUGUAAACUGUGAUUUGUUGUAUUGUUCCAAUUCAAGGAUGUGUGAAAUGCAUUAUCCAAAACGGAAAAGGAUAUGUAAGAAGUACUUCUAGUACUUUUAGUAAUGUCUUGUUAUUGUUAUCAUUAUAGUCUUAGGUGAUUGUACUGCAUUUAUUUUGUGUAGCUCUAAGUAAUAAGUGUCUUCAUCAACCAUGAGUUCAAAGAUAAGGUUUUGAAAGAUCUCAUCCAUGUAUUAUGAUUUUGGCUUUUCCAACAGAAGCUGUCCUUUGUCUUUAAAGUCUUGGUGAUAAGAAUGCCAACCCCCUCAUGGUUCAGUGAUGUACGUUUUAACUCUUGUCUAUUUUUUUUUGUCUUACAAGACAUUAAUACUCAAAAUCUACUUGGAGGGCCCCAAUACUAGAACAUGGAUAAGGCAGCAUUGUCUCUUUAGCAGCUGUCCUAUUUAACGAGUCGCUGCUUGUUUUGAUAGCUGGGUAAUACGAUGAAGGAAAACACAUAGGAGUGUUUUUUAAAUAUUAGAUUUUUUUUUUUUUUUAAAUUUUGGUAUUCAACUUGUGACUGAUUAAUUCAAGAGGAUCAAUUUCAUCGUUCACUGACGGGGGUCCUGUUUAAAGCUUCUAUAUGUAUUGAUCCAACCCAAAGAUUAUUAGUACUAACAAAAUUUAAAUUAGAGACAUUAUGAGGAGCAUUGGACCAAAGUCCUAACUUAUCACUAGACAUAAGUCCUACCUGUUUCUAAUAUACAUGAUGCUUGAAUGCUACACAAAUAUAUGUAAUACUCGUCUCAACCUCCAACACCAAUACUCGUCACUGGUUUCUCUUGAACCUAAAACUCAACAUAAAUCAUCGCCAGUGCAAGGCCACAUCAAUGGUUCCCAUGAACCGAAAAACAUCUCAACAUAAGCAUCGGCGACAACAUUAGCUUUUCCUAGAUGAUAAUUCAAACCAAAAUCAUAAUCUUUCAAUAACUCUAACCACCUUCGUUGUCUCAUAUUCAAUUCCUUCUGAUCAAACAAAUACUUCAAACUCUUAUGGUCUCUAAACACUUCAAAUCUAGAACCAUAGAGAUAAUGCCUCCAAAUCUUCAAUACAAACACAACAACAGUAAGCUCUAAAUCAUACGUAGGAUUACUCUUUUCAUGAACUCUCAACUGCCUCGAUGCAUAAGCAACAACUUUAUCAUUUUGCAUAAGCACACCUCCUAAAUCCA